AUGUCAGAGCUAUCACGACCUUCAAUAACAAACAACAACCGCAGAGGUCGUCGCAGUGAGGAGUAUGAGCCUAGGUUCUCAAACCUUCCACCACUCCCACUACCGCGUGUCAAUUACCGCCGGGGUCAUCGCAGUGAGGAGUCGCCUAGGAUUUCAGAGCUUCCACAAUUGACACAAACAAACAAUAACCGUGGUCGUCGUCACUGGCAGCAGCAGCCUGCUUGGAUCUCUGACCUUCCAGGCUGCGACCGGUGUGUGACUAUGAACCUGUCGUGCUCCGAGUGUUGGGAACGUGAUCAUUUGCGAACAUUAUUGGAGGACGAGGAGCUCUUUGAUCGUGAAAUGCAGGAAAUGCGAGACUCUUACUGUCGAGAACAGGAAGACGCUAUUCGAAGAACAAGGUCGGCGUCAACAGAGACAAGAGAACAGGAGGAAGCUACGCAAAGAACAAGGUCGGCGUCAACAGCGACAAGACACAGUAUGUUUGACAGAUUGGUGCAACUAGAAUUUCAGAUGUUUAGGUCAAAAACUACAAGAAUUGAUGAUGUGAAAGCCAAGGUCAGGGGCAUGCCAACCAUUAUGGCAAUUGAUGAUGAAGCUUGUGCAGUUUGUCUCGAAGGCUUUCAUUGUGUGUUAAAAGAUGACGAGGGUAGUACCGGGAAACAAACACCCUGUGGCCAUUUCUUCCACCAAACUUGCAUAGCAAAAUGGCUUUCAAACCCAAAGUACAAUUCUACCUGCCCUCUAUGUCGCUACUCAUUAUAG